AUGGCCAGCAAGGAGCAUUUCCUAUCAGAAGAAUGGGAGUUUCUUAGAGAUAGACAGGUCAAUGCUCAAAUUGUGUCUAUUCACACAGGUUCUAUGGCUGAGAAUGACUGGUAUGCGAUGAAUCUUUCGGAAACAGAGGCUCUGGUGUUACACUUUUCUGCAAGCGAAUAUUUUCUUCCUCCAUUUUUGAAAACUAUGAAAAAACUCAAAGUUUUGAUAGUAUGUAAUUUGGGUUCAGAGAGGGCCACAAUAAAAGGUCUAGAUGCCUUAUCUUCACUCACUCAACUCAGAAGUGUUCGCUUGGAGAGUGACUUGGAGGAAUUGCCCCUUGCAAUGUGUCACAUGCCCUCUUCUCAGAGCUGGUCUUUUACCAACUGCCAUCUGGUUGAAAAGUUGCCAUAUAAUAUCGGAAAUAUGAGUUUUCUAAGGAUGUUAAGAUUAUUAGCAUUACUAGGCCUGAAAGAGCUUCCGGCAUCAAUUGGAAAACUUGAGCUGCUGGAAUUUCUAGAUAAAGCAAGUUUAGGUGAAACUUUUUGCAAUCCAGAAGGCAAUCCUCUGUAG